AUGUGGAUUCACACUAGUUGUUACUGCCGUCUCUGCGCUGGACGCAACAUCUCAUCUAGUUCACCUGUCAGCCCCCUUUCUCCUUCAUUCCACAACCGUAUCGGCGUUGACUCUCCACCUAGCCCUCUUUCGCCAGCUCUGUCUUUCACAGCUGCACUCAAUCUUUCUAGCCCUGUUUCUCCUCUACUCAUUGCUGCUGAAGAUUGGCCUCUGAGUCCUGUAUCGCCUUUUGCGUUCGACCCCUGGAGCUCAACAAGCGACUGCAGUACACUUCCUCCAUCUCCUACUCUCUCUAUUGCUGAGCUGACACCUGGUGACUUUCCUUCCCCUGCUACCCCAUUGAUUACUGCUUACAUCUGGAACCUCUGCAUCAUUCCUUCCGUCCCUGCUGACUUCUCCGUCUUUGUACCUCACUGGCGCAGCGAUAGCUCUUACCCCUUCAGCAAUCUUGCUGUCAUAGUCAACGAUGAACCAGUCAGUCCCACAACCCUCCCCAAUGGCGAGAAGGCCAUUCGCUCUCCUGUUCUUCCACGCCUCCCUCCAAGGCCUAUUCCUCGUCGCUCCAAGAGAUCCCCUCUGCUUACCUCCAAGUUCUCUUGGGGUAGCACGCCUACAACUUCUCCUUCGUUGAUUUCUCCCGACUCUUUUCGCUUUACUGGACGCAUCUACACUUUUGAGACUGUUACUGAGGAAGUGAAGAGCAGAGCUGGUUCUUUGUCUCUUGCUGAAAACAAGCCUUGGUGGGAGAAUAUCCCUGAUGUCUCGCCAUUGCCUUCUCCUACUUUGAGUGUUCAUUCUUUUAGCGGCUUUUCUGGUGUCCACAUUCCUGAGUUUAGCUUCCCUUGUCCUUCACCUCCUUACUCGCCCUCGAUCUCGCCUACUUCUUCUUCUUUAUCACGCCCUUGUGAGAUCGACGUUCGUGAUGUCUUUUGGACUGAGAUUACACUACAAACUGCUGCUGAGUACUUGGCCAUCUUUGGCACUUCGGUGUUUGAAGACCCUUUUGCUUGGAUCCGUUACCCUGUUUCUGCACCCCACGACUUGUGCUCCUUUGACGACGAUGACGACGAUGAUGAUGAGACUGCACACUAUGACUGGGACAACCGCAAUCACAAUCCUACUGCUUUUGAUGCUUCUGAUCCUUUCGGAGAAGUUGAUGAUGUACUUUCUUUGUAUGAGCACUCCUUUGUCUCUUCAUAUCUCUCUGGUGAUGCUACUUCUCCUGUUUCUUUUAAUGUUGAUGAGUAUUCUGGUAUCACGGAGAGUGCUGAUAUUGCUGAGGCUCAGGAUAUCCUGCGCGCAAACUAUAUCUCGUCUUUCCUUGGUGGGUCUGCUGUUUCUGGUGUCAAAGAGGUUUAUUUUGAGGACGACUGCAUGGCAUCGCUUGAUUUGGUCAUCUCGACUAUCUUUUAG